AACAACAUCGAUCACAAACCCUAAAGUCUCAGCUCGGUCUCCUCUCCAGUCCACGCCCCUCCGCCUGACACUACAUGCCUGCAUGGUCCGACCGGCCGAGGAUCCAGGAAGGUUGGCGGACCGCGCACAUCAUGAUCCGGGACCUGAUCGCAUGAAAGCCGAACAUCCUCAUCUGCAGCUCUCACCUAAAGGAAGGUAUCAUGAUUCCUGUGAUGGAAUUCCGGCAGUUCUCUGAACAGCAGCCAGCGUUCAGAGUCCUGAAGCCGUGGUGGGAUGUGUUCACCGACUACUUGUCUGUAAUCAUGCUCAUGAUCGGCGUCUUUGGAUGCACUCUUCAGGUAAUGCAAGAUAAAAUCAUAUGCCUUCCUCAGAGAGUGCCGGUGCCUUCGGAGAACACAAGUGAAGUGGAAGUGAAAUCACUGUUACAUCUGCAGCCCAACACAUCAGCCAUACCAAAAGAAAUGACAGGCCUGAAAACAGAUCUGGAUCUUCAACAGUACAGUUUCAUCAAUCAGAUGUGUUAUGAGAAGGCUCUGCACUGGUAUGCCAAGUACUUUCCUUAUUUGGUUCUUAUACACACUCUUGUUUUCAUGGUGUGCAGCAACUUCUGGUUCAAAUUCCCCGGCUCGAGCUCUAAAAUAGAGCAUUUUAUCUCCAUGCUUGGCAAGUGCUUCGACUCUCCGUGGACCACACGUGCUUUGUCGGAGGUGUCCGGAGAAAAUCCCGAAGAAAAGGACCAUAAAAAGAGCGCCACCUCAAGGUCCAACAUCAUUGUGUCUCCUGGAGAAGGAAGCCUGGAGAAGACCCAGUCCCUCCGGUCGAUCCCGGAAAAGAUUGUAGUUGAAAAGCCAUCAGCAAGUGUUCUUGAUAAAAAAGAGGGUGAACAAGCUAAAGCUCUUUUUGAAAAGGUGAAGAAGUUCCGUUUGCACGUUGAGGAAGGAGACAUCCUGUAUCUUAUGUACGUUCGUCAGACAGUGUUCAAAGUGUUUAAAUUCCUCCUGAUCAUUGCCUAUAAUAGCUCUCUCGUCAAUAAAGUGCGGAACAGAGUGCGUUGCGAAGUUGAGAUCCAGGACAUGACAGGCUACAAAGAUUUCGAAUGUAAUCACACAAUGGCUCACCUGUUUUCUAAGCUGUCUUACUGUUACCUGUGUUUAGUAGCUGUCUAUGGGUUAACAAGCCUUUACACCUCUUACUGGCUGUUUUACCGCUCACUGAAAGAAUACUCCUUUGAGUAUGUGCGACAGGAAACAGGCAUCAACGACAUCCCGGACGUCAAAAACGACUUUGCUUUCAUGCUACACAUGAUCGAUCAGUACGACCCGCUGUACUCCAAACGAUUUGCAGUUUUUCUCUCUGAGGUCAGUGAGAACAAACUGAAACAGCUGAACCUCAAUCAUGAGUGGACCCCGGAGAAAUUGCGCCAGAGACUGCAGACUAACGGCAACAACAGACUUGAACUUCAGCUGUUCAUGCUCCCUGGGUUACCCGACACUGUCUUUGAGUUGACGGAGCUGCAGUCACUCAAGCUGGAGAUCAUCAACAAUGUCACCAUCCCUGCUUCAAUCUCUCAGCUGGAAGACCUUCAGGAGUUGUCUCUUUACCAAUGCUCUCUAAAGUUGCACACAACAGCUACCUCCUUCCUCAAAGAGAACCUGAAAGUGCUUCGUGUGAAAUUCGAUGAUAACAGGGAACUUCCAAACUGGAUGUAUGGCCUGCGCAGCUUAGAGGAGCUCUAUCUCACCGGGUCUCUGAGCCCUGAUGCCUCCAAAAAUAUAGUUCUUGAGUCACUGCGGGAGUUGAAGUGCCUGAAAACUCUCUCCCUUAAGAGUAAUUUGACCAAGAUACCCCAGUCUAUCGUGGAUGUUUCCAGCCACCUGCAGCGCCUGUACUUACACAAUGAUGGCACUAAGCUAGUAAUGCUCAACAACCUGAAAAAGAUGACCAACCUGAUCGAAUUGGAACUCGUGCGUUGUGAUCUGGAACGCAUCCCACAUGCAAUCUUCAGCCUAACGAAUCUGCAAGAGCUUGACCUGAAAGAGAACAACCUUCGCUCAAUAGAAGAGAUCAUCAGCUUCCAGCAUCUUCGAAAACUCACUUGCCUCAAACUUUGGUACAAUGGCAUCAUGUACAUCCCGGAGCAUAUCAAGAAGCUCGGCAGCCUAGAGCGCCUCUACUUCAGCCACAACAAGAUUGAGAUUUUGCCUUCGCACCUGUUCUUGUGCAACAAGUUGCGCUACCUGGACCUGUCCAACAAUGACAUCAGAUUCAUUCCUCCAGAAAUCGGAGUCCUUCAGAGUCUCCAGUAUUUCUCUGUCACCUGCAACAAAAUCGAAAAUCUACCAGAUGAGCUUUUCUUUUGCAAAAAGCUCAAAACACUAAAGCUCGGCAAAAACUCGCUGUCUAUACUCUCACCAAAAAUUUCCUACCUAGCUCUUCUGACAUACUUGGACCUCAAAUGCAACCACUUUGAGUUCCUGCCCCAAGAGCUUGGUUGCUGUCGUGCUUUGAAGCGCAGUGGCCUUAUGGUGGAAGAGACACUGUUUGAAACUCUGCCUUCUGAUGUCAGGGACCAAAUGAAGGCUGAGUGAGACGCCUUAUUGUAGCCACAGUGCCUGCUGUCUGUUCUGUCUACCACUGCAGAGCAUUUUUUUUUGUAUGAACUCAUUACCAUAUUUAAGUAUUACACUACUGUUAAGAAAGUUAUUCUUCCAGUUUCUUUGACGAGGGGAAAAAUUACUUAUUCAUUUAUUGUCACAUAGAGUGUGGCUGCAACAGGAGUGCUUGUUUUGUUGUUUAUUGACAUGUUACAACCCUGUCGCCUGAAAAAAUGUAGGCAUACGUUUCGCCAAACUAUGGAUACAUUACAUCUGUAUGCAAUUAUAUACACUAGCAGAUAGGCUGAAACUUGUGGUUGUGUUUGGCAUAAAUGGUUAAGAAAAGCUCAUGUUUUGGCUUGAACUACCUGCUUCUGAUGGCACUAUUCCGGCAGGAAACGCAGCAAUGUCUCAGUAAAAAAGAGCCUCUUUUUGUGGCACUAUCUUCGGCGUAAAAACAGUGACAGCUCACUAAAAAACAACCACAUUUGGUGGCUAAAAAGCUGCUCAGAACUUAGCAAUGAAGAGCUAAGUGUGGCCAUCUACGGUGCCCCCCCCCUCCAGAUGACAAAAUCAACUCAUACACUCCGUCGGUUUAGGAACGUUUGUAUGGUACGUAGGAAACAUACAAAUGUUAUGUAUUUUUGGUUUGCAGAAAUGUGCAGUGCCAACAUUUUCCUCUGGCAACUGGGCUGCAUAUUAUCCUUUCGCAAGACCUACUUAAAGGAACAGUUUAGCAUUUUUGGAAAUACACUGUCUUGCUUUCUUGCUUGGAGUUAGAUGUGAAUAUUAACAUCAAUCUCAUAUCUGUAAGUUAAACAUGAAACUAUAGCCAGCAGGCAGUUAACUUAGCUUAGCACAAAGACUGGAAGAGGGAAACAGCUGGAACAGCCAUGAUCUGUCUGAAGGUGAACCUACCACCAACUUUGAAACUAACUAAUUCACACAUUAUAGCGUAUUUUGUUAAUAUUGCACAAAAACUGAAAUGUUAAAAUGGUAAGUUGUGGGUUAAUGGGGAGCUGCAUGCUGGACUAUUUUUGUCCUGGUUUUGUCCUGGAGUUCCUUUCUUAAUUUCUGAACUUUAAUGCUGAUUAAGGCUGCAAAGUUGGAUUUAUUCAAAAAACACUUAAAACACAUUAAAUUUGGCUCAAUAGUGACAAUAUUAAACACAAGUACAGAAUUUGGCUCCAUUAUAACCUGCAAGGUUUACAGAUAAAACUCUUGUCUUUUGCUAGACAUGUUUUCCCUCCAUAUACAACAUGCUAACAAUCUUAGCAUAGGCCUAUGACAUUUUACAUUACAUAAAUUAGCCUAGCUGCUAGUGGAGUUUUCCUCUACUCAUAUGAAGCCAGGAGGUAACGUUAUAAAUUUCAGCUGCAUUGUAACUCACAAGAUUCACCAACAACUGUCUUUUACUCGACACGUUUUCCCUACAAAUACAACAUGCUAAUGUUAUUAGCACAAGCCUGAGGCAUUUUUACAUUGCAUAAAUUAGCCUAGCCACUAAUGGAGUUUUCCUCCACUCAUAUGAAGCUAGGAACAACGGAAACAUUUAACAAAGGUACAUUACAAAAAUCAGCUGCAGUGAAACUCACAAGAUCCACCAACAAAACAACGGUCUUUUACUUGACAUGUUUCCCCUACAAAUACAACAUGCUAAUGAUAUUAGCACAAGCCUGAGGCAUUUUACAUUGUGUAAGUUAGCCUAGCUGCUAGCGGAGCUUUCCACUACUUAUAUGAAGCAAGGAUAAAACACACACACGACUAACAAUGCUUCACAAUUUAUUGUUUGUUUUCAUAUGUGAAAAAAGGUAAAUUUAGGGCCUGUGUCCACAUAGCAUUUUUCAUUAGCACAAAAGAGGUGGCUUCAUAAAAAAGUGCUCCAAGGGCUUUUAUAAAAUGAUGCGCUGCACGUGGAUUUUGUUGCUAUGACGACAAUAUCUUGCCAUUAAUGUUAGCUAUAGGUAGCUAAUGCAAUGCUAUGUUAACACAGGGUCAACGACACAGUUAAGGCCAAAGCACACCGGCAGCGUCAUAUGACGCGAGUCAAGUGCCGCCCCCAACACACACAAAAAGCGUCGCGCUGCGGGCGUCAACCGGAUUUCUACUGCAAACUCCAGUCUGCAAGAGCUGGGAAGUACAAAAUAGCGGUUUUUCAAGGGCGGCGACGCUGGAAAAAUAGGACAAUAGCGUAAAGUGCCGCGGCACGUCGACGCAUGUCGAGCCGCCGCCGGUGUGGGUUUGUAAAUAGAAAAUAAUGGGGGCGGCUGUUUUGACACACGUCGUACGGCGCCGGUGUGUUUUGGCCUUUAGCUGACAACGUUAUGGUGACAAAAGCACAACAAUCCACCAGCAGCACCCAGUGUCCACCGACUGAUCUGCUCCCACAAACAGAAUUUCUGUCUUCACUGUGACAGUAGCCUUGCGAAAAGAGCAGCAGUGACGUCACCAGCACCUUUCUGAAAAGUUUAGAGAUUUUAAAUAGAAGUGCUCGCAGCGGCUGCAGAAAACGCCAGUGCGCUUUGAAAAAUGAUGGCUGAUAUGCUCCCUCCUCAUUGGGAACAAUUGAAAAAAGCUGAAGAAGAAAUAUUAUGUGGACAUAGGCCCUUAAGUUUUAAUGGUUUUCAGCCUACUAACAUAAACAGGAGUAUGUGUAGUUAAAUUUCUGGGGAGGUGCACAUUAGGCUAUGGUGCAGGGUAUGUGUCUACACAGAACCUAUGAGUAUGAAUCCCAAUUUAGAGGUGCUGGUAAGCUGAUUUAUUUAAUUUAUGGACAGAAUCGGAGUAGCCACUUUCCUCUGCUUCCAGUCUGUAGCCUCAUAUUUAGUGAACAGACUAGAGAGCGAUAUCCACCUUCUCAUCUAACGCUCAACAAGAAAGCAAACACGCAUUGCUAAAAUCAUAAAAUCAUUUCAUCACUGAAUGUAAAUCUAAACUGAAGACCUCACUAAAAUUUAGGCCAGUAGCCUUACAUAUGCUGUACUGUAUAUAUGUUAUGUUGCCUUUAAAAAGUAUUUUUAUUUUCUUCAGGAGACUGUUAGUUCACAUGGAGCGCAGCAGGAGACAUGCAAAAAAACAAGGGAUAUAUCUUACAUACGAACAUGUAAUACCUUGGCUAAAUAAUUCUGUAUUAUAGAAAUAAGUGCAUUAAACUUAUGGACUUUGUCAUACUGGUGUUUUUCUUUGGCUCUUGAAAUGUGCACAAGAUGUUUGCAGCACAUAGAAAUGUAUUUAUAAACAGGUUUUUUUUAUGUUGUUGACUAAUAAAAAUUUAUAUAUGUAUGUAAUUCUCAUUUCUUAGGUUGAAAUUUAUUGAAGUUCCUAGAGCACAAAAUCCACUAUUUAAAAAUGUAUUUGAUUCGAUCAGUGAUGCAGUGUGGUGAAAAAAAUAAAAUUAAAUCUGUUAUUGUACUUGAUAUUUUUAAAAGGGUAACUGCACAU